UGCUCCCGCGCUGCUGCCUCCUCCUCCUCAGCGACUGUGUUACUGGCAACCGGCAACAAACCAAACUGAGCUCCGUGCUGGACGCAAACAGCCUUUAAAUUAAACGGGUCUACUUUACAACAAGCGGUUAUAAAUACAAGAACAUUUUACUGCGGAGUUCCCUGUUCUCCUCCUGACCGGGCUGAUGGCAGGCUGAUGCUGCAGGCACUGACUCGCCCACAUUAUCACCUUGAGCAUCCCGUCUGGAAAACACCACUGUGGAUGCCUUAAGUCAUGAGUGUCCUGGGACCUCCGUCGAGGCGAUCCAAUGGAGUGGCCAGAUCGGACAGCAAGAUCAGCGCCAAGGCCCUCUACGAACAGAGGAAAAAAUACUCCAACUCCAAUUAUAUCAUGCAUGAGACGUCGCAGUAUCAUGUUGAGCAUCUCUCCACAUUUGUUAUGGACAAGACAGAGUCCAUCACCACAGUGGACGAUGGGAUCAAGAAACUGGUCCUUCUGGACUCAAAAGACAAAAUCUGGACCCAGGAGAUGCUCCUGCAAGUGUCCGACAAGGCGGUCAGGCUGCUGGACUGUGACACACAGGAAGAGUUGGAGAACUUCCCUCUUCCCACCAUCCUCAUGAGCCAGACGGUCCUGAAUCAGACACGUUACCCCUCCGUGCUGCUGCUGGUGUGUCAGGAUAAGGAGCAGCACAAACCCGACAUCCACUUCUUCCACUGUGACGAGGUUGAUGCUGAGAUGGUUCAUGAAGAUAUAGACAGUGCCAUUGGAGACAACAAGCAUGGACAGAAAAUGAGGCUUCAGACUCUGAAGGUGAACCAGGAGAAAAUGAAGCGUCACAGAGAAACCAUCCUCCCCCCCUCGGCCUCUAAGGGCCCCUCGCCUGCUGCGAAGGGACGUGCGGCAGCCACGAGCACACAGGAUCGACGAGCCCCCGGACAAAAUGACACAGAGUCACAUGAAAAGCUGGCCCAGCGCAUUGAGAAGGAUGUGCAAAUCCUCAACUGCUCCCUGGAUGACAUCGAGAUCUUUGUGGCGCGGCUGCAAAAGGCAGCGGAGGCCUUUUCUCAGCUCAACCAUCGCAACAAGAGUAAGAAGAAUAAGAAGAAAGGACCAGCAGAGGGCAUGCUGACCCUGCGAGCCAAACCCCCCACUGAAGCAGAGUUCAUUGAUAGCCUGCAGAAACUGAAGCUGGCCCUCAACCUCUUGGCCAAACUGAAGAAACACAUACAGAAUCCAAGUGCGUCUGAGCUGGUUCAUUUCCUCUUCGGACCUCUGGAGCUGGUGCUGCAGAGCUGUGGGAGUCCUGAACUGGUGCGUUCAGUAAUCUCUCCUCACCUUUCCAAAGACACGGUCGACUUCCUGCGGGGACACCUCACCCCCAAAGAGAUGACUAUCUUUGAGCUGCUGGGGGAUGGAUGGACCAAACCCAGAGCGGAGUGGCCCAGGGAUCAGUGUGCUCCUCCUUAUCACCCAAAGUUUCGUAACGGCUGGGAGCCGCCGGCGGAGCUCUUCAGGACGGCCCCAUGGGAAACAGAGGGACCUGCGGGGUUUCUGGGGUCUCCCACCAGCCCCGAUUACAGAAGACCCUCAGCUGAAGACUAUUAUGGAACUCAUUCCUCAACCUCGUCAAAUGGGUCUUACAAUGGGAUGCAGACGCGCAAAUAUGCCAAAAUUCGCUACCACUUUGUAGCACGAAAUGCCAACGAGCUGUCAGUGCUGCAGGAUGAGAUCCUCGAGGUGAUAGAGGACGACAAACAGUGGUGGAAACUACGGAAUCGCAGCGGUCAGGCCGGCUACGUCCCAUUUAACAUCCUGGAUGUGGUGAAGAUCGAGGAGCCAGAAGCCGUCUACAGCCAGCAGGGCUACAGGACGUCAUCUCCAGGUUCUCUGAGCCACGGAGACAGCUUCAACAAGGGUACGCCCAAAGACAAAAUGAUGGAUGAGGUCAACAAUGAGUUAUUGAUGAAGAUCACUGCUAACAAGAGCCAGCCGCCCGCCAGGAAGUUCCGUGUGGAGCGAUCAACCGCCAGCCAAGUACCGCUCAACUUUGACUCAAACCCAGAGCAGGUGACCGCAUGGCUCAGCGCAAAAGGUUUCUCCAAACCGACUGUUGAAUGUUUGGGGAUCCUGACUGGAGCUCAGCUGUUUUCCCUCAACAAAGAAGAGCUGAAGGCGGUGUGCGGAGAGGAAGGCGGCCGUGUCUAUUGUCAGAUCACCUUGCAGAAAGGACAGCUGGAGAAGACCAGCGGAGACACAGAGCUGCAGGAGAUCAUGAACCGGCAGAAGGAGAGGAUCAACUCUAGCAGCAAAGACUGAACCAUCCAGAUGUUUUCACUCUCCGACUGCUGCAGCUUCUUCAAUCACUCUACAUGUUGUAUACAUUUUUAAUUGUAUAUUUAUUUUGUAUCACCCAAUGUGUAUGUACUCCAGUGUUUUCUUAUCUAAUUAUGUUGCUUUUGUUUCCAUUUCCAUUCAAUUUUGUCGUCAUAUGAAUCUAUGUACAGUUUUGAGUGUGUGUGUGUGUGUGUGUGUGGUAGCAUGUGUAAGCACAACAUGCAUGUAACGUACAGCACAUAUUUGUACGAGCAGUGCGGUCAAUGUUUGUGCCCUUUGUCGAUAUUGCAGCUGUUUACUGAAUGACUUCUAUAAGUAGAUCUUAGCUAUCGCAUAUCUAAAUCUGUGCCAGAAUGUUUGACACAUGUUCUGAUAUAUAGCCAAUUAUUUUCAUAUUACUGUUUACAGGUAUAAUAAUUAUUAAACGCUCUACAGUAUGUAUGUCAGAAGUAGUCUCAUCCUGCUUGGUAACUGCAGAUCAUCAGUAGGUAUUAAUAUAAAUAAUAUAAAUAAUGAUGUUCUGGCAAGAGAAACUGUCAAUAAUCCUGCAUGAUAUUAUUGUCAAUAACAGUGAGAUGCUGUCAUUAAUGUGUUUUUAUGCAGCAUGAUAUUUUGCAGUGUAAACUGCACAAACACACAGGAAUAAUAAGGAAUAUAUGAGAGAAUAUGUUGUUCUGAUAUGAAUAAUUAAAUGAUGAUUUAGGCAAAACAUUGGGUGUUGUAAAUAUUAUGGGACGCACUGUUUAAAAAGAAUAUAAUCAAAAAAUAAACUUGGUAAAUAUUUGAUAUCA